CGCGGUUUCCUUCGUACUCGCCUGCAACUAGCAUGGGAAUGGAUAUUAGAAGUGGUAUGUCCAGUCUUUUUUCAGUAGCGCUUAUACUGUUUGGUUUUACAGAUCACAUCAUACCGCACAACGAUGCACUUGGAAUGAGAAUAAGUACCUACACCACGAAUGUUCGACGUUCAACAACCUCAUCAUUGACCACCACCUUAACUGCACCACUCCCUACAAGUCCUUCCUUGUCAUUUGACCAGUCAACUCCGACUUUCAUGCUAGAAGAGAAAGUGCAACAUGAUUUAAAAGGGACAGUACAUCAUCUCUAAGUAGCCUACAUGCACCUGAAAUUUUUCGAGGUGAUUCAAGCAGCGCAUUGAGGUGUUUUGAACUUUUUGCA